UUGUCACCCCCUGGCGCAUAAAUAACAAAUGACAUGUAGUUAGUUUCACUUUCCUCCUCUUCAUGUAAAGAGUGACGAUCUUUGAAACAUAGCGACAAAAGAGAAACCAUCGUGAAAUAUUUUAAGCAGAUGGCAGAGUCGGGCAGGACUGUGAGGGUGAGUGGUCUGCCCACAGACAUGGAAGAGAGCAGGCUGAGAGACAAGUUAUUCAUCCACUUCCUCAGUACCAAAAAUGGAGGAGGGGAAAUAGAUUCGGUUGUCUUCAUUAAGGCAACGCCUGUCUUUGCCCUCAUCAGCUUCGAUGACAGCACAGUGGCACAGAGAGUUAUUCAACGCGGCCAGCAUUUACUGGCGGUGGAUAGAAAGAAGUAUACACUCACAGUGACGGAGCAUCGUGAAAGCUUGGACCCAGACAAGAUCAUCUUGAAUUUAUCAGCAGCUGUUGACUACAGCCGGCUUCCUGGUGGAAUCAUGGCUUUCUCAAGCCUACGUAAGAGCCACCGUGAUGUCCAGAUAAGAUACACUGAUACCGAAGGAUGCUGUAUGUUGUCGGGUUCCUACUCCAAAGUGCAGGCUGCCUUGGCUCAGUUACUUGGCCAGCCCGGAGGUGCAGAGUCAGCGGAUAAUAAAGACUCAGAUCGAGCUACCCCAGGUGGUUCCUGGUCUGCUCAGAAGCCUCAUAAACAAAAAUCUGAUGAUCAGAGCAGAAAAACUAACAAACAAAGAGAAAACAAUCCCAAUGGCAGGCCCUCGGAUGACUACAGUUUAAGUUCAAGCAGAGAUUUGACUCCUGGGAUUUAUGGCUGGGAGGAAAACAGAGACGGCGCAGCUCUGCAUCAUCCUGCCACAUCCGUAGAGGACCUUUCUCUGAUUCUGGAUGCGGACAUGUUCCAGUAUCUGCAGAAAUGCUGCCGAAGGGAAUACCAGCGUAUCCUCAGUCAGUACGGUGUCGAGGUGAUAGAUGAGACAAAUCAGGGCUUGACCACUUUGUUUCUCCAAGUUGCAGAAACAGCAGGGAUGGAAGAUGGGCGAGAACAGGAGCGCUUGAAACUGGCAAGAAACGCGAUAAGUCAGCUUUACCAGCAGAAUGAGAGCAAGAUUCGUCGGGACCAGCUCCCCAAAACUAUCCUGUCUCCCAGAGGAGGAUUGCAAAGGGCACUGGAGAAUUUAUGUGUCAGAUUUCCCAAGCUGCUUUUGAAUGAAGAUGAGCUAAAUAUUUACAUUAUUGGGAGCAGUAGUGAUGUGUCUGAGGCUAAACACUCUCUUCUACUGGACCAUGAUGAAGUGAGAGAUAAAAAGGAUGAUGUAGCCAGCCUUGUUAGAUACCCUUCAUAUGAUUUUGGUUCUUCAUCAUCUCAUGCUGACAAGGAGGGAGUCCUCCACAGAACGCCCUCUUCUGUAGGGUCUUUGGAUGAAAGGAUAGAUCACAUCAUGAGGUCAGAGGAAGAUGAAAGCAGAGCUGAAGGAGCCAGAAGGUAUAAACUAGCUGCCCGGUUCAAAGAUUCAGGGCUAACUGCAUUAGGCAGUCGGCCAACUGACUUCACAUUACGAGGAAACUCGGCGUCCAGCAGACAAACACGGCUUGGGCCAAUGCUAGGGCAUGAUGUGCUGUCAGAAAAGGCAGGGAUUUCUGGUGAAGUCUCUAGAGCAGUAGCCCAAAACACAGGAGGGGACAUAUUGUUUAAAGUUGGAUCUACGUUGCCUCCAUCUGCCUCCAUGCAGACCAAAACCUCUUUGAAUUUAUAUAUGAUGGAUGCUCAACCCAGGACUUCAACAUCACCUAGCACUAUUCAUUCCAGUUUGUCAGGAAGCACUGCUCUUCCACCUGCUGGGUCUGGGUCCACCUUGAAGCGAGCCAAUAGUUUCUCAGGAACACCUCAGCAGAAGGCUCAGAUUGUGGGUCAGAAAAGCCAAGAUGAUUCCAGCAAGCCCACAGUUAAGGGCAAGGGGAGGUCCUCUAGCUUCAGUAGCCCAACAGGAAGGGACAGCAAGCAGGAAGUGUAUAAUGCAGAGAUUGUAGUUUCCCCGGUGAUGUGGAAAUACAUAAAAGAAGCCUACAGAACUCGAGUAGAGGACCUGACCUCUGAUGUUCAGAUGAAUGAAAGCCUCUCCGAAGCUGGCAGGGAACAGACCCUCAUCUUAAACGGGGCAGACUCAUCCAUUGUUAGCUCAUGCCAGCAUGGUUUACAGAAGCUGAUUGACUCGGUUAAGGUCGACUUCUCGGUGCAAGAGCUGCGCUUGUCAGAACUGGGCAUCACUGACACUGAUGAAACCUUACAGGCUUGUUGUUCUGAGGUGAAGAGCCGCUUCAAGAAGGUUACAUUCCACAGGCUUAAGAACAGGUUAUGUUUACUUGGACCAAAGGAGUUGUGCUCUCAGGUUGUUGCUACACUGCAGGAGGUAUUUUCUGGAGAAUUUGAGCAACAUCCCUUCUCGAGACCCUCUACCUCUUUUUCACAAAUAAAUGUGCACCAAAGCAGUAGUCUGCCAGCCAGCAGUCAUUUAAAGGUGUUACAAGGGAGCCAAACAAGCAAGGCUGAUGGGACCAGUGGGAAUCAGGAGUGGAAAACAACCUACAGAAAUGAUUUUUGUGAGAUGCAGGCUGUUAAUGGAUCAAUAAGCCAUUCAUCAAUGAGGCAAGACCAUGUCAUUAAGGAGAAAGUGAAGACUGUAGAUACAAUGAAGGUGGAUGUACAAACUUCAGAGUCUUUUGUCAAUCAGUCUGUUAGCAGCAAUGAUUCAAGUUCAAGUCCUGUGAAUGGUGGUGAGACAGAGAGACCCAUAAGUACUACCCAGACAGACAGCACAGAGCAAAAGCAGAGCAGUCCAGAGGAAUCCAGGUCAGGUCAGGGAGACAGGAUGCACAUGUGUGUGUGUGGAAAGAAUGGGACAUCAUUGAUCAGGACCAAGUGUGGGGUUAGCAUGUGUCCAAAGUGCCUGGAAACAAUACAUGCCAACUGCAGAGUUUGUCGUGAGACGGAGCAGACACGCUGGGGCAUCCAGGGCGAAAUGAAGAGAUCUAGACUGAGCAUCAGUUUACCAGGUCACAACAAGGACUGCGUUAUCAAGAUCACUUACUGCAUUCCUGAUGGUAUCCAAGGGGAGGGCCAUCCAUCUCCUGGAAAACCAUUUCAAGGAGGAAUAUUUGAGGCCUACCUCCCUGAUUGCGAGAAGGCAAAGAAGCUGCUACCCAGGCUGGAGAAAGCCUUCAGGCAGGGACUCACCUUCACAGUGACAGGCAAAGAGACAGAGGCCAGGGUCACCUGGGACUGCAUCCCACACAAGACCAGUUUACAAGGAGGCAAAUCACAGAAAGGUUACCCCGACUCCAUGUACUUGACGCGCUUGUCUGAAGUUUUGAGUGCCAAUGGGAUUGAAGCCAGGUCUCACAAAUAAUGCAUUGCAGAGAAGGAAUUCUUGUCUUUUUAUAUACUUUAUAUCUUUUAGUUUUAUGUUGUUUGCACUAGAGAUUUUUUAUAAAAUUAAUUUUAUGUGUCAUAGAAAGCCUAUGUUUGAUUAUUCUUCUGCACAAUAAGAUGGAGCAGAUAUCAGUUCAGAUACUGUAGAUUUUAAUUAUUUUUAUCUUCCUCACCAUUCCUUUUUUAAUAAGGAUAUUCCAUUUCAAAAUGCAUUUAUAUGUCCAGCAUCAGUCUCUUCAGUAUUUCAUAUAACAUUCAUAAAUAUUUUCCUACAAUUUCAGUUUAUGUAGUUAAAAACAAAACAUUCUGUGCACAGUACUCUAUCAAUAAAUGUUUUGUAUCAUCCUGUAUGAUCCAGUGUGGGAAAAACUGGCAGUUAUUGGUAAAAUAUUGGACAGUAAAUAAAUCAAGUU